AUGGCGCGAUCGGACGAAGCGGCAGCCUUCUUCGCCGCCGUCUACAGCGCAGUUCAAGAAAUCCCCUACGGAAAGGUCACGAGCUACGGACACAUCGCAAAGCUGGUAGGGACGCCCCAGCGGCCUCGUCAAGUGGGGCUCUGUUUAAAGCACCUGAGCCAGGACACAGACUCGCACUUCAACCACGACAACGUCCCCUGGCAGCGCGUCAUUAACUCCAAAGGGAUCAUUUCUCCGAGAUCGCAGCCAUCAGGGGCGCAAAAUCAGGCAGCAACUCUGCAAGCCGAGGGUGUGGUAGUUUCUACAGGCUCACUAGGCGAGCUCAUGGUGGACUUCUCAGUGUACGGGUGGUUUCCCCGAACUUUGCCAUCCGAGACAGGCCAAUCGGAGGAAGGCGAUGAAGAUUGA